AUGGGACAGAUUCUAUCGCAACCAAUUACUGAAAAGCACUCCGAAGAGGGUCAGGACAAGUACUUGGCAUAUGGUUUGUCAAGUAUGCAAGGUUGGAGAAUCAAUAUGGAGGACGCCCAUGCUACGGUUUUAGACUUGAAUAAAUUUGCUGAUGACGAAGAAAACAAAGAUGAUGAAGACAAAGAUGCGGAGGAUAAAGCUGAAAAUGACAAAUCUGGUGUGGCCAAAAGCGAAUCGAAACCUGUAGAAAAUGCUGACUAUGUCGCGUUUUUUGGUGUCUAUGAUGGGCAUGGUGGAGAAAAGGCUGCUUUAUUUACCGGAGAGCAUUUACACAAGAUUAUAAGAGCCACUUCUCUGUACCAAGGAAAAGACUACACCAAUGCGUUGAAACAAGGAUUUUUGGAUUGUGACCAAGCCAUAUUAAAAGAUAUCUACAUGCGUGAUGAUGAUAGUGGUUGUGCUGCCACUACAGUACUCAUCACACCUGAACAAAUCUUUUGUGGUAACGCCGGAGACUCGCGUACAAUUAUGUCGGUCAAUGGUGUAGCCAAAGCUCUUUCAUUUGAUCACAAACCGUCUUUAGAAGGAGAAAAGUCGCGUAUAAUGGCCGCAGGAGGAUACGUGGAUGCCGACAGAGUCAACGGAAAUUUGGCUCUUUCGCGAUCGAUUGCUGAUUUUGAAUUUAAAAAGUCAGUGGAUCUUCCACCAGAAGAGCAAGUUGUCACAUGUUACCCCGAUGUUAUCACCCAUAAAAUAAAUUUAGAACUGGACGAAUUUGUCGUGUUAGCUUGUGAUGGUAUCUGGGACUGUAUGCACCCUCAACAAGUUAUUGAUUUUAUAAGGAAAGCGAUUCGUGAAGACAAAACACUCGAGAAAAUUUGUGAAGAAAUCAUGGAUCUUUGUUGCUCACCCACUUCUGACGGCUCUGGUAUAGGUUGUGAUAAUAUGUCGAUAGUCAUUGUGGCUCUAUUGCGCGAUGGAGAAGGUAUUGAAGGUUGGAAAAAGAGGUUGACUGAGAGAAUUGGUGACAAAGAUUUUGGGGAUUCAUUCUUGAAACCAGAGCACCCAAGGUGUGGCAGAAUUGAAGAUGGUGGCGAGGAAGAGGAACCGGAGACUGGUGCUACUAUUUCCUUAGAGCAGUUGUUAUCAGGGAAUGCUGUUACAACUGAAAAUGGUGUUGUUUAUUUGGAUACAGCUUCAGCUCAGUCGUUGUUGGAGAGAUUUAAAUAG